GAACUCUUUUGAACUGACCUACACAGAGCUUCGGAUUUGUUAAAUGUGCCAGGUUCACCUGAAAUAUGCUAUGUACCUGGAGGAUGAGGGGCGAUUUAAAGAAGCUGAGGAGGAGUUCAUCAAGGCCGAUAAGCCCAGGGAAGCCAUUGACAUGUACAUUCACCAGCAAGACUGGGCCUCAGCAACACAUGUUGCAGAAGCCUAUGACCCAUCAAGCAUCUCAGACAUUCAGGUUGCACAGGCGAGGCUGAUGAUUGGACUCAAGGAAUAUGCAAAGGCAGAAGCGCUCUUUUUGAAGGUACCUCGAAGACGAAGCUGGAGCAACGGCGCUGCAGGUGCGACGUGGAGCCCAAGGUACCGGCUUCUUGCGUUUGUAGCGUGCGAGAACAUCUGGAGCUGUUGCUUGGAGUCCCGCACGGGUCAACCAACGGUCAGCUUUGUGGGUGCAGUACGCAAAGUGUACCAAGUACUCGGUUGGCCUGUUGUCGUAGCGUCGCUGGGAGAUGAUGUCGCCAACCUCUUGAAAACUGUCCAUCGAGGGUGGGUCUUGGGAUCGUCGUCCGGGGAAGUCGUCAUCUUCCGCUGGCGUGUAAAGAGCCAACUUGGAGCAAUGAAAGACCGGGUAGACGGGCAAGAGGGCGGGCACCUGAAUGGUGAAAGAAGGUCCUUCGGGUGCAUCCCCAGCUGGUGCCACGAUCGGCCAAGGCCCCAUCCAUUUCGGGAGGAGUUUGCGGGAGAUAUCUUGUUCAAGGCUGAAUUCCGCGGCGGAAACCCAGACAAGGUCGCCGAUGCGGAAUGGACAGGGAAGACGCUGACGAUUGGCUUGUUGGCUCAUGCGUUGCUGCGUCUUUGUCAUUUGGUCCCGUGCCUUGACAAGGAGCUCUUGCAUCCGACGAAUGAAGAGAAGAUGGUCGUCGCUCUCGGCCGCCUGUGGAAUGAUUGUGUCCAACGGAGAAGUGACCGGCGAGCCGUGCCCGAACUCGAAGGGCGACAUCCCGAUAGCCGGGUGGAUGGACGAGUUGUAUGCCAACUCGACAUCUGGCAGCCGCUCAACCCAAUCCUUUUGGCCGGGACGGAUGAGAGUGCGAAGGAGAACCUGUGCGGUUUGAUGCGCCCUCUCCGUUUGGCCGUCGGUCUGGGGGUAGCGAGUCAAACUUGGCUUGAGAGAUGAGCCCCAUCGUUUGAUGAGUGCCAACCAAAAAUCGGACAUGAACCGAGUGUCG